AUGGCAGCCCUGGCCUUCAAGGCGAUCAGCUACGGCGCAGAACAGAUCCCCGACAAGUUCUUUGAGAAGAUCCCUGGCGGGUUUUUUACUCCAGCAGAACAAAAGGAAAUCGACAAGAACCGCAAGACUAAAGGUAAAUCUCGCAAAGAGCGGCGCCAGAGUGAAGAGCCAUCCGCCAGGCGCAGUUCGCGACGAGAGCGUAGUCCACCCACCGAGUACUCAGACUAUUACACAGACGACAGCGAAUACGAGCGCGAGAGAGAGCAAAGAAAGAGAGAGCGACGACGUGCGAAGAGUGCUGCAAAAGCUCCUAGCCGGAGUCUAAGCCGAGGAAGACAUAGUCGACACGACAGCGACUUGGACGGACAAUACAGUGAUACUAGGGAUAUGGCGCAACCCGGGCAGGGACAACCCUACUUUCCCCCUCCGCCCGCAUCCGAGUAUAGGCCCUACAACCCACAGGAAUAUGCCCCUAGUCCAGUGCAAGACCACCGACCAUCUGCUACGCCCGCGUACGGAUAUCCGUCUCAGGUAAAUAACAUUUCUUCUCUUCGACGUGCGACGCUUGCGACAAUGCCCGAGCAUCCGACACCAGCGCACAGUUGUCCGCCGAUGUUGGGGGGCCGGUCCAUGUCGAGCUCGACGAGUCCCUUUUCUUUUCGACCCCAUCUUCGCGAAACCCUUUCUCGCGGUUCACCAGUUCAUGCUGCUUUUAUCCCAUCUUACGAACCGCCUCUAGCGGCUCUGCUCCAGCGACCAGUCACUAACACUCCGAAGCCAGCAGCUCCUCAGCCAUAUGGCAGGACACAGGAUUAUGGCCAGCACGAAACUUCGCGAGCCGCCGCUCGAUACACGCCCGAUGCUGGAUAUGCCCCAUCUCCCGUAGCUGACGCUCCAAUUCCUCCCCCGCCAGUCGGGUCCAACUCUCCUAUGAACCCAUAUCAUCAUACCGAUUUCCCUGCCAAUGGCGCCGGCUAUCAGCCUUCUCCUCCGCCAUUCAGCCGCCAGCGGUCCAACUCUCAGCCACCUUUCGCCCCAAUGCCAGAACCAGCCUAUCCGACUUACCCUACUGCCAACCGCGAGCAAGUCGUGCCAUAUGCUGAAUCCUCCCCCCGGCGUGACAGUACCAGGCAUCGUCGUGACACUCGUCAUAGAGCCAGGUCUGUCGACUCCCACUCGCACCACUCCCGUUCUAGCAAAGACCACCGUCGAGACGAUGAUUCGCGCAUGGCUAAAAUGCGUGAUAGAUUCGAUAGCAUGGAUUUGCGAGAGAAGAGUCUGGCUGCGUCGCUGGGAGGAGCAGCAGCGGGUGCACUUGGUGCUAGACAGGUGGCGACCAGGUCUCGAAGCCGAAGCGAUCGCCGCUCCACGUCCCGUUCCCGCUCCCGUUCGCGCACUCGCACACAUGAUCGCGAGCGCAGCAAAGGUCCCGGUCUUCGCGCUAGAAGCCGCAGUAUCAUCGACCGGUUCCGCUCAAAGUCUCGCGGACCCGAGGAUCGAGAUGCAGGAAGGGAUGACCGCAGGGAUGAUAGGCGCGAUCGUCGUCCCGACCGUGGAUAUGACUAUAGUCGUGACGAAUAUGACUAUUUCAGCAGCUCUUCCGAGGGUACCGGUUCGCCUGUCAAAACGCGGAGGCACAGGAAGAGGGAAUACUGA